GAAGCUGCAGUUCAUCAUAUCUCCUCCAUUCAAAACUCUUAAUACACCGUCUGUGUUCAAACUCGUUUCAAUCGUUUUCCAGCGACGCUUCGUUCAAGUGACACGAUGGACAAAGACGCUGUGCUGACUCAUGUCCUGAAGCAGAGAAGAACUCCUUCACUUCUUGGAGGAGAGCAGCCCGUCGGUGUGAUGAGCAGCAGUAGGUACGUAUCCCAGCGGACAGACAGAGAGGUGGAGAACCAGCGGACAGACAGAGAGGUGGAGAACCAGCUGCCCUCCCUCGAUCACGCCAUCCUCACCGCUCUGUCUGGUGAAGUCAAGACCGUGCUCCUGGUGGGUGGAGAAGGAUCCGGCAAAACCACUGCUCUGGAGAAGCUGGUUGUGGACUGGGCCAAAGGAGAACAACACCUUCAGAACUUUACCUAUGUUUUAUACUUCGGGCUGAGGGAGAUCCGGUCUCUUAAAGACGAGCUGUCGUUGGAGACUUUACUGCAGCACCAUCACAGUCCCGUUCCCUCUGAGUUCACUCAGCUCCUUCUGCAGAAGCCUGAGGAUGUGCUGUUUGUUUUCGAUGAUCUGGAUCAAUGCAAACUUUCCCUGGACGCCUCCGUCCACACCCUCUGCUCUGCCCUCAGCCAGGCAGUGUCAGUGUCCUGCCUGAUAUCCAGUCUGCUUCACGGAUCACUGCUGAGAGGAGCCGCCUUUGUGGUGGCGACCAGGCCGACAGGACACCUGGAGUUUCUGAGCGGCACCAGGGUGAAGGUUUCUGGGUUCUCAAAGCCCCAAAGAGAGACUUACUUUAACGGGUUCUUCACUGACCCGGCUGCAGCUAACAAAGCACUGCUGCACAUGGAGCGGACGCUGGGUUUUUAUGAUUUCUGCACUUCCCCUAGAUUCUGUUGGACAGUUUGUUCUAUUUACAAAACUCUGAUGGAGGCUGGAGCAAAACUUCCUGACACAUUGACUCAGCUCUAUGUAGAUAUCCUGGUUCACCUGACGCAGGCGCUCUCGCUGAAGGAGGCCUCCAACAGAGAGCUGGUGCAGGCCCUCGGUGUCAUGGCCUCUCAUUGCUCCGUCAGCCAGAAUUCAAGCUGCACCAAAAAGGAACUCCACUCCUUUGGUUUUCAGAAAUUACUCCGCUCCGUUGGUGCUUUCUUGCACGUAGAUGGUGACCUGGAGUCAGAUGCAUGUGUUUUCUCUUUCACCUCCCAGCUGAUGCAGGAGUUCCUCUUGGCUGUGUCUUUCUUUUUGGACACGUCGGCAUCUGAGGGCGUGGCGAAGAUGUUGGAGAAGCACAAAGGUCACGCAGAGUUUCUAGAUCUCUUCUUGUCAGGGCUCUCGGAGCCAGUUCAGCGCAGACCCCUGGAGAUCCUGCUGGGGGAGUUCAGCUCGGAUCGUAUCUUGGAUUUUAAGAGUUGGUUUAAAAGCAGCUCAGAGGAAACACUGAAGGGAUGUUACAAGGACAGGCACCAUCGAUGCUUUCAUCUCCUUCAUCAAGCCCAAAAUCAGAGUUUGGUGAAAGAGAUCAUCUCCCCGUCAGCACAUACAGGCAUCAGCUAUGGCGACUUAAGCCUCCAGGACUGUGUCGCCCUGAACUACGUCUGGUCUUGUCUCGGUGAGAUGAAGCUGUUGAAUCUGUACACGACGAGGGAUUUCACAGAUGAGAAGGCAGAAGUCCUGGCUCCAGCUAUGAGCUUAUCACAUAAGAUACAGUUGUCAAACAGCACCUUGAGUACCGGGGCCGUCUCUCAUCUGGCGUCAGCUCUCAGCAGAGGACGCACCGAGGAGCUGGAUCUCAAUCACACCAGCCUCGGAGAUGAAAAGUUAAAAGUGCUCUGUGCGGGACUCCGGGACUGCAAACUGCACUCUUUAAUACUUCUGGGAUGCAAACUGACUGAGGCGAGCUGUGAAGAUCUGGUGUGUGCGCUGACCUCAGGCUCCUCUCAGCUGCGUGUGUUAGACAUGAUGUUCAAUCAGAUCGGUGACCUGGGCUUCAUGAAAUUGUGCAAAGCGCUGCAGAGUCCUAAAUGCAAACUGCAGCAGCUCCAGCUACGAUGCUGCGAGUUGACUGCAGUAUCCAUGGAGGCUUUAUCGGCAGCUUUGUGCUCUGGAGAAUCCGAGCUGAGAAAAGUGGACCUGACAUCGAACACAAUCGGUAAAGGUGGAGUGAGAGCUUUGUGCAAAUCGCUGCAGCACCCACAUUGUAAACUUCAGAGUCUCAAUCUGUUUGAUACCGAGCUGACGGCUCCGUGCUGUCCUCAUUUGAUGGAGGUCUUGAUGUCAGAGCACUGCUCUCUGUUAGAGCUGGAUCUGUCAGUUAAUGACUUGGGCCAUGAGGGGGCGCUGCUGCUCUGCCAAGCUCUGAGUCGUCCUGGAUGUCCAGUGGAGAAACUGGGGUUGACACGCUGCGAGUUAACACAGCAGGUCUUUAAGGAACUGGGCUCGUUGCUGAGAAGUGGAACUUCUCGACUCAAGUCCCUGAAUGUGGGUUUAAAUAAAGUUGGAGAUCAAGGGGUUAAACAUCUUUGGGAUGCUGUUGCACAUCCAGGCUGUCUGCUGGAGGAACUGGAUGUUGAAAUGACAGAUUUGACGGACGCCUGUGUUGAAGACCUGUGUGCUGCUGUAAGAGCCAGUAAGACCCUGAAGACCCUGGAGCUGAGAAACAACUCCCUGACUGAUGCGUCCGUCCCAGCCCUCGUCCAAGUCAUGGAGGACAGCUGCAGCAUGCAGGAGAUGGUCCUGAAGUACAACGACUUUUCAGAGGACGUUUUCGAGAUGAUGGAUGAGUGCGAUAGAAUAAGAUACUGAAGAAGGCGGACUAUUCCAUCUAUUCUCCACACGUUGCUACAGGGUCACAUAUUGUAAUGCUGAUGGUGAUAUUAUUACAGCUUAAGCACUGGGUGUGAGAAUCUGUUGCUUGUCUGUGUCUUAUAUUAUCUUAUCCAUCCAUCCUUCAAUUAACUAUACUCGAAUCUGCAUGUCUUUGGACUGAGGGGGGAAGUGGGAGAAACCCCAGACGGACAAAGGAAGACACACAGGCCUCUGGUCGAACCGGAAUUCAAACCAGUUAUCUGUGAGGCAACCCCUCUCUGUGUCUUAUGUGAAAGUUAAUAUCUUUAUUUGCUGACGUUGUGGUUGCUUUUCUGACAUUUCAUAGCCCAAUUGAAUAGUCGAGAAAAUAAUCACAUUAAAUCACAACGCAUUAAUCAAUGGUUAACAUUA